AUGGACUCCCCGUUAAUAUCAUCACUCUUCCGAUCCUUCUUUCGUCGUCGCGCCUGCGCUCGCCCCAUGAAUGGCUUGAUCCGCCGGAAUUACUCCCUCUUGCCGAAAUUCCCAUCACCGAGGAUCACAGCCGAUACCUCCGGCGAGACAUGGCAGCCGCGAACGGCAUUCCUCCAGAAGGACCGGAUGAGCGAGUUUGAAAAAUACCCUAUGGUGGAUGCACGAGCGCUAGCGAGGAGGAAGGAAAGGCCGAAGAGGGUGAAGAUGUUGGUUCGGGAUUUUAUCGAUGACAGUCUUUACAAUCCCAAUUACGGUUUCUUCUCAAAAUUUGCUGUCAUCUUCUCUACUGAGAAGCCCUUCCCGUUCAAUCUGAUUCGCGAUGAAAGUGAGUUCCAGAGGGUCCUCGGAGAGCAGUACACUAGUUUCGAGGAUAAGCUGGAUGAGGUGGAGAUGAACCCUGUGAGGCAGCUUUGGCACACACCUACGGAGCUGUUUAAGCCUUACUACGGGGAGGCAAUUGCCAGGUACUUGGUGGAGAAUUACAAGCUCACACUAUUCCCGUAUAGCGAUCUCAUAAUUUACGAGAUGGGUGCCGGGAAUGGUACCAUGAUGUCAAACAUAUUGGACCAUGUGCGCGAUACGGAGCCAGACGUCUACCAACGAACAAAAUAUAAGAUUAUCGAGAUCAGCAAGAACCUUGCGAACCUCCAAAGGGCAAGAGCGGCGGCUGGAGGUCACUCGGAAAAGAUCGAGAUAGCCAACGAGAGCAUAUUUGACUGGAACACAUAUGUUUCAGAUCCAUGCUUCUUCUUAGCUCUGGAGGUGUUCGACAACUUCGCUCAUGACGUCAUUCGCUACAACCCCCAAACAGAGCAACCAUUGCAGGGAAUUGUCUUAAUCGACGCUGCGGGGGACUUCACCGAGUUGUACACACCAAGGCUAGACCCCAUCGCCGAGCGAUACCUAAGAAUCCGCCAAAAGGUGGCAAGACCAGGCUACAAUCACCCAUUGAAAGGACCAAAACUCAUUCGAAGAUUGAAAGAUCAAUUCAUACCGUUCUCAGAGAACCUGACGAUACCGGAGUACAUACCCACCAAGGUGCUCGGGUUCUUUGACAUCCUUCGGGAACACUUUCCUGCGCACCGAUUGGUCGUCAGUGACUUCCAUGCGCUUCCAGAUGCUGUCAAAGGGAUUAAUGCGCCGGUUGUGCAAACCAGGUACAACCGAACCAGUAUUCCCGUCACUACUCCAUUUGUACAGCAGGGGUUGUUUGAUAUACUGUUUCCCACGGAUUUUGAGGUCAUGGAUGAUAUGUAUAAGGCUAUGACGGGAAAGCUUACACGGGUGAUGAAGCAGGAGGACUUUUUGAGGAGUUGGGCAUAUUUGGAGGAGACAGAGACUAUUAAUGGGGACAAUCCGAUGUUGAACUGGUACAAGAAUACCAGUGUCCUGAGCUCGGUUUAGAAUAGGAGGCAGGGGGAGCAAGGUGAUGUAUUAUAUCAGAAUAAGGCAUAGUUUUAUUUCUGUGCAUAGAUAACUAUGCGCUCCAUAUUGAGCUCCUGCUAU